AUGCGGCAGUCAGAGCUCAUCUACGCGAUCACAGUGAGGGAGAAUGGGCAGCCGCGGUAUUGCUUGAAAUGCAACGUGCCGAAACCUGAUCGCUCCCACCACUGCAGUAUCUGCGGCGUCUGUGUGCUGAAAAUGGACCACCACUGUCCUUGGCUCAAUAACUGCGUUGGAUUCCAUACGCAGAAGGCAUUUAUGCUUUUUCUGCUCUACACUAUGCUGUACUGCUUGGCCACUUUCAUCUCCACGCUGGUGUAUUUCUUGCGUCUGUUCAGUGGUCCCCUAGGCACGGACGUGGCGCUUGAGGUCGUUAUUCUGUGCAUUCUCUCGGGUCCGUUUACUCUCUGUCUGAUGGGUUUUGGCGGGUAUCAUAUUUACUUGAUGCUUGUUAAUCUGACGACCAUCGAGAGUUACGAGCGCAACACGUUUAGGUUGGCUAAUGAGCAGAACAGCACGAGCAGGUCGAAGAAGGUCAAUUUGUUUGAUGUCGGGAUGAAGAAGAACUUUGUGCAGUUGUUUGGCACACACUGGACGCAGUGGCUGGUCCCUACAGCGUCCACGGUGGGCGACGGUGUAAGGUUCCCGAUCAGUUUUGAAGCAUACAACGAGCUCUGCCAGAGCUAG